AGUCAUCAAGGAGACCGUGACUGUGCAAGUCUGCGCCUGCGCCGGCUGGGAACCGCGAAACUCUGGAACGUUUUAAAAGUAGUUAUUUUUUCGGUGCGUCAACUUGGGAAAUUUACCUAAAGAAGACAAGUUUCGUUUAAAGUCCAAGGAUUGUUCCCACACUCCGUGCUUUCGUGCUGUGUCGUCCAGAUAACCUCCCCAGCGACGCCGCGGCGGCGUGGUCCGUGUCCGUCCGUGCGGCCGGUACGGUCCGGCAUAUGUUCUUCGGAAAAAGUGUGUUUUAAAAUUGAUUGUUCGGCUAUUACCUCAGAGACAUUAAACCGUGUCGUUUGUAAACUGUGAGGACAAGUGAUAAGUGAUAAGUGCUCCACGUGGCGACAACCUCAAGAUAGGACCACCACUUGACCGGAGCUGCUCUCCCAACGCGUCCUACGAAUGGCGCUGUGCUGCAGAGUGGAUGGGGAUGGGGGCGACUGCAUGGUUAGAGACAGGGCUCUAGACACAGCUACUGAAGCGCUGAAAGUGAAUGAGGAUUUAUUUGUGAUGCUGAUAGCUGAUGCCGAAUCUGAUGCUGAGUGUCCUAAUGGUGAAGGAAAGCUGCAGCCCCUAAUGCUUUCCGCACACGGCUUUGGUGAAUGGACAGCGGAACAAGACAAAGAUUUGAGUGAUUUGAGGAGAAAUUUGAAGACGGAAAAGGAGGCUGAUGGAGGUAAAGAUGAAGGUGAAGAUAAAUGUGGAGAUACAGGUGCAGAUGCAGGCAAAGAGUCAAGAAAAGAUAAAAGAAACAGAAAAUCAAAGGAGAGGAAAAAAUUGAAGAGGAAGAAGGCGGUGGAAGAGGCAAGACAAGCUAAGGUGGCAAAAAAGGCAGCAGGCAACCAGCAGAAUGAAGGACAGCAAGAACCUCCGUUUCCCAGAAUAAAUCCUGCACAAGGCUUUAUUGAUAAGUGGAAAGUGGAACAAGACACAGAUUUGAGUGAAUCGAGUAGAAAUUGGAAGAUGGAAAAGGGGGCUGAUGGAGGUAAAGAUGAAGGUGAAGAUAGAUGUGGAGAUACAGGUGCAGAUGUAGGCAAAGAGUCAAGAAAAGAUAAAAGAAACAGAAAAUCAAAGCAGGAAAGGAAAAAAUUGAAGAGGAAGAAGGCGAGGGAAGAGGCAAGACAAGCUAAGGUGGCAAAAAAGGCAGCAGGCAACCAGCAGAAUGAAGGACAGCAAGAACCUCCGUUUCCCAGAAUAAAUCCUGGACAAGGCUUUAUUGAUAAGUGGAAAGUAGAACAAGACACAGAUUUGAGCGAAUCGAGUAGAAAUUGGAAGACGGAAAAGGAGGCUGAUGGAGGUAAAGAUGAAGGUGAAGAUAAAUGUGGAGAUACAGGUGCAGAUGCAGGCAAAAAGUCAAGAAAAGAAAAAAGAAACAGGGCAAAGGAGAGGAAAAAAUUGAAGAGGAAACAAAACAACAACAAAAGGCGGCAGAGAGGAAAAAAGGAAGAAGACAGAGAAGCAAACUGGCAAGAUGUCUGGAGACCAGUAUCAUGAUAAACAUUUAUCUUCCUGUAUUACAUACAAGUCACCUUUAUGUCAGUGCUUAGGUGAAGGGUCACUGACCCGACCCUGAAAUAUGUUAUCAGCAUGUUAGAAAUGUGCGGUUGAUAUGUUUGUUAGUAUGAUUGUGAGUGUGGCUGUGGCUGUGAGUCUAUACACUUCAGUACAUCAUAAAACGAUUUUCAGAAGGUGAAUGUGAUAUUUAAAGUAAAUCAAACUGUCUUUUUGUCGAGCAUGUAAGGACUUGCUGUGCAGCUCUUGUUUCAGUUAAAGAAUCAAACUGUGGGCACAAGUUACCAGCUAAUUAGAAACUGGUAAAUCAUCUGAGAUGUGUACAGUAGCAAUGAGCUAUCAAUCAAUUUUGUUACACAAAUACUAUUUUGAAUAUACUUUUAUGUUCUUUAUAAGAUUUUAGUUUCUUUUUGUUUAGUAAACAAUUAUUAGUGAAGUGUAAUGAAAUUUUGUACAGUAUUGAGUGACUGUUGUUAAUAAAUAUCAUCAAUAAUAUAAUAUUGUUAAAAAGUA